AUGAAGUCAACAGAAUAUAAAUACACUACAACUUGGUUGAGACCAAGAUCAAAGAAUCUUUAUCAAAUAAUGCUUGAACAUCAAUAAAAAGAUGUACUUAAUUAACAAAUCUUGACUGCUUCCUGCCUAUAGACUCCAGCCAAAUAUUAAUAGGAUGAAUCACAAAUUGACUUCAUCAAUUAAAUUAACUCAUUCUAAUAAAUUUCUGAUUUAGACAUAGAAAAACUUUUUAAUCCCAUACAUUUAUUUGAAACUUCAAUCUCAGAAAUUCAAAUGAAUGAAUCUGUAAGCAAUUUAGUUAAUUACUAAAAAAAAGAAAUUUCACAAGAACUAAAUAAAUAUUUAACUAAUCUUAACAUAAUUAAUUUAAUUACAAAAUAUAGAAUAUUAGAAUCUGGAUUCGCUUUCAUUAUUAGAUUAUAACAAAAUUAAUCUAUUUAAUUAAUUUUAAACUAAAAUUCUUAAUUAAAAUUUGCAAUUAGACAUUAAUACCAUAAUAUAUUAUGUAAAUCAACUAAUUCUUAAAGAAUACUUAGACCAAACACAUUAAAUAUCAUUUAAAAACAAGUUACUAUUCAAAAUGUUGGCGAUUAAUCAAUUCCAAUUUGUUUUUACAUCCAUUCAUGA